ACAGUAAUUGUGAGAGAGCGAGAGAGACUUGAGCACCGAGCAAGCAAAGCAUACGAUCAGACAUCCCUCUGCUGGCGGCAAGAAGUAACAGGAGAGAGAGAAAGAAAGGGAGGAAGAGGAAGGAGGAAGAUGGGUCGGGGAAAGGUGGAGAUCAGGCGGAUCGAGAACAAGACAACCCGGCAGGUGACGUUCACCAAGCGCCGGAACGGGCUGCUCAAGAAGGCCUACGAGCUCUCGCUGCUCUGCGACGCCGAGGUCGCCCUCGUCAUCUUCUCCGGCGGCGGCCGCCUCUUCGAGUUCUCUAGCUCCUCAUGCAUGUACAAAAUACUUGAGAGAUACCGCACGUGCAACCAUAACUCACCAGAAGCAACCCCUUCAGUAGAAAAUGAAAUAAAUUACCAAGAAUAUCUGAAGUUGAAGACCAGACUUGAAUAUCUUCAAAGUUCACAAAGAAAUAUUCUCGGUGAGGAUCUGGGCCCACUUAGCAUGAGGGAGCUUGAGCAAAUUGAGAACCAAAUAGACAUAUCUCUCAAGCAUAUCAGGACAAGAAAGAAUAAAGUAUUACUUCAUGAGUUAUAUGACCUGAAAAGUAAGGAGCAAGAAUUGCUGGAUCAAAACAAAGACCUGAGGAAGAAGUUGGAAGACAUCAGCUGUGCCGAGAAUGCGCUCCAUAUGUCAUGGCAAGAUGGAGGGCACGGUAGCUCCAGUGGGUGGCAUGCCAUCGAGACUACUUAUCCCGGACUGCUGGAACGCCUGGAACAUGAUUCCUCCAGGCAAAUUGGGUACCAUCAGACCAGCAUGGACCAGCUGAACAACGAAGCCAUGGCUCCACAGUGCCUUGAUGGACACCUUGGAUCGACUGCAGGUUGGAUAUGAUCAGUUCAGACGAUGAGACAGGCAUGAUUCAACACGUAUCGUACGCCCAAUCUGGAGUCCAGGAGACCAGGAACUCUGGAUAUUAUUGUCGUAGUGCUCCCUUCCCUGAAAAAUAAAAAAAGGCGAUUCAUUCGAGUCGAGUACGUAUCUCUUGUAAUGGUCUAUUGAUCCACAGACAUGGGACGUCACCUGGUCUGGCGUUGCCUCCCGUGUAUGGACUUGAGUGUCACUUGUUAUAUUUGUGUGCUGGACUUGUGAUGAUUAAUAGGUAGCUUGUGUAUGGAUCAAAAUACUUGUGUUAAGCAGAGUGGCACACGUUUCUAUUUGUUUAGCGUUUCUUCGACUGACCGACAGUGUGUAUCAGUGUGAGUGAUUUGCAAAUUAUUGGGUGCAGAUUUAUCUGUUA